AUGCAUCCCGCUCUGCAGUUAAACGACAUCAUCUAUGUGAUCUUCCGCCACGUAAAUGAGCCCUCUUCUAAUUUCAAACCAGGAGGAAAUGUUGGGCACGCGGCUCUUGCGGCUCUCGCGAGGACAUGUCAAAUAUUCCAUGAACCCGCCUUGGAUGUGUUGUGGGGAGAUCUUAUACUUUCCACACCCCUUGGUUUAUUGCUUGCCUAUCGCACGAACGCUCUGACCACUAGGGAUUGGGAGGUUCUGCAGAAAUACGUUCCGCGAGUCCGGUCUUUGACAUUCCAUGUAGCGGCACCUGUAUGUCGCAACGUCUUGAAGGCUCUUCGACAAUCACCUGUUGCUCAGCCGCCCCUCCCAAACUUGCAGCGACUUGAUUGCCGCCACCUCAUACCCGAAGACUAUCAUCUCCUGGACAUUUUCUUUGUGCCAUCCCUAAGAGAUCUCACUAUCGAGGUUCAUCCUGCCAGCUUUCCCGAUAUCUCAUUUAUCUCACCUCUUCCCGCUUUAUGCCCCCAAUUAACAUCUUUCCGUCUUUUCGGUUACGAGUCCCACGAACCCAUCGUGGCCACUGUGUCAAAUGUCAUCAUGAGCCUUCCUCAUCUUCAGACGCUUCAUUGCGAUCAACUCAGUCAAGCGGCGAUCACAUUCGUUGCAUGGCACCCAUCGCUGACCGAACUGGACAUCAGUAUCCCGAGUGGCCAUGCGUACAAUUUUUCACAAUUUCCGCAUCCUACUCUUCCUAGGAUCCCACCCUUUUCCCGCAUCAAAAGCUUCGGGAUGAAUUCCGUUCGGCUGACUACCAUCGGUGCAUUUAUUAAGGCGGUCCAAUCCUCACCUUCUCAUUUGCGUAUUACGACGAGCCAUGCGUCGUCACCUGAAGAUUUGGAGGAGUUUUUCAGUAUCUUGUCAAAUCAAUGGAGACAUGAAUCCCUGCAAAUUCUUCGAUUGGAGUCCUUUCUCCCGGGUGCAUCCAUUGAUAUAGACACCAUCAAGCCUCUACUUCGCUUUUCUAAGUUGCGAGAGCUUCAUCUCUUGACGGGCAACCCCAUCCGUUUCUCAGACGAAGAGUUCGCUACUAUGGGUGCCUCUUGGCCUAGCCUCGAGGUCAUCAACCUCAAUAACGGAUAUGCGCAGGCGGACCCUUCCAUGAUCACUCUGCGUGGCCUUAUCUUACUGGUGAAUAAGUGUCCUCUUUGAGGAGCACUCACCUAGCGCUCAACAUAAAUGUGUUGGAGGGAAUAGAGGAGCGUCCUGCAUCGAUGGUUGGUGUAAACGACCUCCAGUAUCUCGUGCUCGCGGAUACAACUGUCGAAAAUCCGAGAGCUGUUGCCUUUAUCAUCUCUCUAGUGUUUCCGAAGGUGAAGAAAAUAGUGACGGGUGGGUGGCGUAAUGACGCGGGCCAUUUUGGCAAGGUGAAUAAGUACCUCGAGAUAUUCAGAUUGGUCCGAAAGGGGUGUUGGACUGAUUUUGUUGAUACGUAAAAGCUGGUUCCUGUCUCCUAGGAUAUCGGUUGAGAAUUGUCUUAAUCUUAGACAUUUCGUUUACCGAUAUCUAUAAGCAACGUCUUGAAUGCUC